AUGGUCUUAUCAGAACUGCGGACGUGGGUAGGUCUGAGCGCUGCCGAUGCGGUGAGCCUUUUCGAGGAACGUGUGGAGAUCGAGCCACAUUGGGGCGGUCGUUGGGGCUUGAAGCCGUCGGCGACGGAGGCCAUUCUGCGAGCACAGCAAAGUGAUCCAGCGGGUGCUUCUGCCAAGGAGUUGGAAGCACACGAAAUUGUCUUCACACCCGUGGGUGUGUUGAAUUUGGUGGUCUCUUAG